AAUCAAGUCGACAAAAUCCGUUUGGUACAGAAAGAGAGAGAGAAAGAGAGUGAGAAAGAGAAGGAAGAAGAUAGAGUAGAGAUGGAACAAGAAGAGCACGAAGUGUACGGUGCUGACAUUCCCGACGAAGAGGUUGAGAUGGAAGCUGACAUGGAAGCUGAACAACAAGGAGAUGAAGAGCUUCCCCCCAAUCACACCACCAAGGAAUUGGAGGAUAUGAAGAAGAGGCUGAAAGAGAUCGAGGAAGAAGCUAGCGCCCUUCGCGAAAUGCAAGCUAAGGUCGAGAAAGAGAUGGGCGCUGUUCAAGAUCCUGCUGGGUCUUCUGCAUCUCAAGCUGAAAAGGAGGAAGUGGAUGCUCGAUCGAUCUAUGUUGGUAAUGUCGACUACGCAUGUACACCUGAAGAAGUCCAACAGCAUUUUCAGUCCUGUGGUACUGUCAACAGAGUUACAAUAUUGACAGACAAAUUUGGUCAACCAAAAGGAUUUGCUUAUGUAGAGUUUGUUGAGAUUGAUGCUGUUCAAAAUGCACUCAUUUUAAAUGAAACUGAAUUGCAUGGCCGACAACUAAAGGUGUCUGCAAAACGUACAAAUGUUCCUGGAUUGAAGCAGUACUUUGGAAGAAGACCUGCUGGUUUCCGUGGUAGGAGGCCUUUCAUGCCUGCACCAUUCUUUCCACCAUAUGGUUACGGAAGGGUUCCGAGAUAUAGAAGACCGACGCGAUACCGACCAUACUAGCUCUUAUUCUCAAUUUAAUAGGUGGUUACAUCUUUAUGAUAAAGAUAGAGGACAGAUGACUAUUAAAUUUUCCAUUGUGUAAUAAUGUUUAGUUGGAUUGAACAAGAACAUGAAACUUCUUUUUUACACAGGGGAAGUUAAAUGUCCUUGACUUUUAAGGAUGUAUACAUGUAUGAUAUCGACAAAGUAGGUUGGUCGCUUUGUUAUGAAACUUAGUAUUCUCUGAGUCCUUGGUACUGAGAGGUUUACUUAUGCAUAGUGGAGGCAAAUAUGCAGGGAAAUUCUCAAUUACUAAGUUUAUUAGUUUGAACUUUUAGAUUAGACUAUUCAGUUCGAUGUUGUUUUUGUUGUAUUUUUGUUUUUCAGAAAAAUUGAUAUGAAUUGGUUAUGUGGUGAAGGAAUUAAUUUUAAAGCUACUUUAUCAAUC